AAUAGCCAAAUGCCAAAUAUUUGGAGUGUAACGAGUUUGUAAAUAAAUAAACACAAAACACACGCGAUACUUUGUACAAGAAUUCGCCAAGUGUUGUACAACUUAUACGUUAUUUUAUUGUAGCGUAAAAAGUACAUUUAAUAAAAAUAUACAUUAAGGCCCGGAUUAGAUACAAAGAAGAGACGACUUAGUGCCUUAGUAAGAUUAUUUUACAAAAAAUGGAUCCAGUUUCAUUACAGAAACAGUUAAGGGACAAUGCUGCCGACCUGAACGACUUUUAUAAAGAGUUAAAAUCAUGGGGCGAAGAUAUGAAGAGAAAAAACGAGUUUAAUGAAACCCCGACUGAAAAAAAAAGUAGUUCAGAGAGUAGACGCAGUAAUUUAACAAAAAAGAAAAAUGCUACUGAAGUAAAAUCAAAGCUGAAAAGUAAGGUGGGUUUUACAGAUUAUUCUGCUUGGGAAAAAUUUGAUGCUGAUGCGGAAUGUGAGAAAGUUGAUUACAAUGAAAAUGAUGAAUCCGAUUUAACUGAUGAGUGUGAUGAAACUGCUAGAGAUGAGGCUUAUUUACAAAAGGAGAAGGGUAAUGUAUUUGUAAAAGAGAAAAAAUGGGAUGAAGCUAUUAAUUGCUACAGUAGGGCGAUUGCUGUUUACUCGUAUGAUCCUGUUUUUUAUGCAAAUCGAGCACUAUGUUAUCUGAAAAAGGAAGAUUAUGUGAAAGCUGAAUUAGAUUGUACAAUGUCCAUAAAACUUGAUGGAACCUAUGUGAAAGCAUUCCAAAGGCGAGCAGCAGCAAAAGAAGCCCUAGGUCAACUGACAGAAGCUGAAUCAGAUCUAUUGAGAGUUUUAGAACUAGAACCAAAAAAUAAAGAAAGUAAAAGUAACCUUGAUGCGUUGAAGCAAAAACUUCAAAAAGAGUCAGUUGCUGUCACAACACAACGUCCUGUAUCCAAAUUUACAGCUUCCAGAAGCAAAAAAUUGUAUAGUGACAAUAAAAACAAGUAUGUCAGUACUUCUGCAAAUAGUGUCAAAGCUCCAGUAGAUAUUAUAUUGGUAAACGCAGUUACAAAACCUGCACAUUUACAAUCCAAGAAACCCUUGCAACGAGUUGAAAUUCAAGAAACUAUGGGGAUUGAAGACAAUACAGUAAAAGAUCAGGGACAGGUCUUCCCAAAACCAUGUGAUGCAGUUAAAACUCUAAACACUGAUGAUUUAAAAGUUGUCGAAAGACAGUCACAGGAUCCAAGUGUUAAUGAAAUUAUAAAGGAGAAUAAAAACCAUACGAACAAUAUUAAAAUGGCCAAAAGUGAAAUGGAAUUAGUUGCACCAGUGAACUGUGUUCAAUUCUGUUCACAGUGGCGACAUCUGAAAACGUUAGAAAAGAAGUAUUUUUACCUUAAGUUGAUCAAGGCGGAAAAUUUGCCUACGAUUUUCAAAGAGUCUUUGGAAAGUAUGGUUUUUAGUGAGAUAUUAGAAGUUCUGGUCAAAAGUUUUGUAAAAAAUGGUGAUGAUGUUUACAAUUUUUUAAAAUUUCUUUCUGAGAUGAAGAGAUUUUCUACUUUAACAAUGUUUAUGGAUGAGAGGGAUAAGAAUUAUUUGUGGGAGCUGUUUGAGUAUUUGCGCAAUUACAAGAAAUAUUCCAACGAACAGAUAGAAUUUUUAGUGAAAAAGUAUGAAAUGUAAACAAUAAAUAUCUAUAUGUAA